AUUUUAAGACGCAAAGUGCUGCCAUUGGAAUGACUCAAUGGAAUUAAAGGACUAUACCGCAACCAAUAGAUUGACCGCGAAACAGAGCAACGACGAAAUUUGUGAUCAAUUCAAUUGAAAUGAUACGUUCGGAUUUUUUGUGGCCUUUUCAGUGAGAGUGUGUUGGUAUGAAAAGUGUGUGUGCGUGUGUGUCAUUGGAUUACAGAGAGCGAGAGAUUCUUUGAUUCUAGUCUACGCAUAAAUACACCGCCGACCGAAAAUACAAUUUUCGAUUUAACCCAAAAGUAUUUUUAAAGUGGCGAGUGGGUGCUCUCUUUCUGAAAUAUGUAUAAAGAAUGAAAGGCGACUCCUAAGACUGAAUUAACAGCAUCGAAAUAAAAAUGAAAGAAAAAAAAACAACACAUACCAGCCGCAUGUAUAUUUUUUAAAUAACACCAGCCAAAUGAAAAAAUAAAUCUCGAACCGCGAAACGAUAUGUAAAAAAGGCAUAGCAAAGACAGAAUCUUAGCGAAAAACAAUUCAAAGUGGUCAAUUAAUCAUAAAGCUCAUUUCAUCCGGAUCCCAAAUCGAAAAAAGCAGACACAACAAAUCCAUAUUACAUUACGAUUGAUGCUGAAACGAUUUCAAACUAAAUAGAGAUUUGAUAAUUGUAAAGCGAACGAAUUAAAAUUAAGUGCUGUGUCACUUGUUCAACAAUCGAAACGAAAUCCAAGCAAAACAGUCUUUUUGGAAGAAAAAAAAGCCCGUUUUAUCAGCUUAGUGCACAGAAAGUGUGUGUAGGCUUUUUUGCUCACUUUUUUUGCGGCGCAGCAAAUAGCAAAUAAAGAAGAACAUAUGUCAAUAUAAUCAGAAGGAUGGGAGUAGCAGAUGAUUUUGCUCCAAGUUUUGUGAAAAAGCCGCAACUACGGCAAGAGGAUGAUGGCAAUCGGUUGAUUUUUCAAUGUGAAUUAUUAUCAGCACCGAAGCCCGAUAUUGAGUGGUUUCGCAGCGAUGAAUUGAUCGUUCAAGACGCUCGCACCACCUACAAAAUUCAAUCGAUCGGUGAAAAUAAAUACAGCGUUAUUUUGGACAUCGAUGAUGUGGCCGAAACCGAUGCUGGCCUGUACAAGGUCAAAGCCAAGAAUACCAUGGGCGAAGUAGCUGCGUCAAUUAACUUAAACUUUAGUCCUGCUGACGAGCCAAAAGAGAGGCAAAUUGAUGGUGUUGCACCAACAUUUGUUAAAAAGCCCGCCAUUCGCCAAGAAGAUGACGGCAAGCGACUGCUGUUUGAAUGCCGCAUAAAUGCUGACCCUAAACCUGGGAUUACUUGGACUCAUAAUGCUGUCCCAGUCCAAGAGUCGAAACGACACAAGCAAACGGUUGACAAGCAAGAAGGUCAAUCAUAUUUUGCAUCACUUGAAAUAAAUAAUGUCACAGUUGAGGAUGCUGGCAAAUAUAAAGUGACUGCAAAAAAUGAAUUGGGCGAAAGCAAUGCAACCAUCAGCCUUAAUUUCGACAGCGAUGAAGCACCAGUACCCGAUGAUGGUAUUAAGCCCACGUUCACUGAACGCCCAAUUAUACGUCAGAGUGAUGACGGUGGAAAGACCCAUUCGAAAAUAUUGAUUGAAUGUAGAUGUGUUGGAGAUCCAAAACCGAGCAUACAAUGGUUUCAUGGAAAGGAAGAGAUAAAAGCUGGAGGUCGCUAUACUAUUACGUUAGAAGAAGAUCAAAAACUGUAUCAUAUGGCACGAUUGGAGAUCUCAAAGGUUAUCACGGGUGAUAAGGGCGAAUACCGUGCUAUCGCACGAAACAAGCAUGGUGAAGGCGUAGCAACGAUUAAUCUGAAUUUCGAGGGCAACGGAAAGCCAAAAAUUUCGGAUGGUAAAUCGCCACGCUUUCCAAAAAAGCCGACAAUUCGCCAAGAACAAGAUGUCUUGAUCAUGGAAUGUCAACUAGAAGCAAAUCCUCUGGGUGAUGUUACUUGGUAUCAAGGCGAAAAGUCGGUGGUUGGUUCGAAUAGAAUCAAAAUGUCACGAAAAGCCACAUCAAAAGACACGUACAUUUUAACAUUGGAAAUUUUGAAUCCAACCCGCGAAGACGGUGGCAAUUAUCGAUGCAAUGCAUUUAAUCCAUAUGGUGAAAGUAAUGCGAAUAUCGCUCUCAAUUUCCAAGGUGGCGAAGAUCCAAAUGGAUUCGCACCAUCGUUUGUUGAGAAGCCUCGUAUUAUUCCAAACGAGGCCGGUACACUCAUUACUAUGAAAUGCCGUUGCAAAUCUAAACCAGCUGCCGUGGUUACUUGGUAUCGCGAGAAGGAUGUGGUUAAGGAAACAUCAAAGAUUAAGAUCAAGUCAACAUCCACCGAAGAGGAUAUUUAUGAACUGGUGCUUGAGAUCAAGGAUCCAGGCACAUCAGACGGUGGUACCUAUCGUUGUCACGUGAAAAAUGAGUUCGGUGAAAGCAAUGCCAAUUUGAAUUUGAACAUUGAGGCCGAACCAGAGCCAGAAGGCGAGGGACCAACAUUUGUCGAAAAGCCACGCAUAUUGUCGCGUGAUAACGGCAAAUUGGUGAUCAUGGAAGCAAAAGUCAAGGCAAAUCCAGGUCCGGAAAUCACAUGGACCAAAGGGGGCCAAAUCAUUACGGAGACCAGCCAAAUCAAAUUGUACAUGGAACAAAGAGAAGACAUUUACGAGAUUCGCUUGGAAUUGUCCGAGCCAAAUCUUGAAGAUUCUGGAUUGUACAAAUGUAACAUCAAGAAUGCUUUGGGCGAACUUAAUGCCAAUUUGACAUUGAACAUUGAGAUUGUGCCGGUGAUCAAGGACAGACCGAGGAUCAUCAAGAUCAUCAAAAAGAAAACCGUUGUCAUUGAGUGCAUGGUGGUCAGCAAAUUUGCACCAAAAUGUACAUGGUUCAAGGAGAAGAAUGAAGUGGCCGAAGGCAAACGUCAUAAGGUCGAGGUGAAACAAGUCAAAGAAGGCGAAUUCGCUGUUCAAUUGGAAAUCACUGAGAUAAAUGAUGCCGACAAGGGCUCAUACCAAAUGAUUGCUAAGAACGAAAAGGGUGAAGCUGUUUCGCAAACUGUGGAAUUGAUCGAUAUUCCAGAAGCAGAGGAUGAGGAAAAACCAGCCGUGCCCGAAAUUAAGAAGCGUUUGCGUGACGAGACCAUCGAAGAAACUCGCUCACUUGAGUUGAACGUCGAACUGAAGAAAACAUUGAAAAAGACCAAAGUCAUUUGGUACAAAGAUUCGACAAUCAUCAGGGAGUCAGAGCAUAUUCGACAAUCAUUCGAUGGCAAGUCAGCCACACUUCGUAUUUCAAGAUGCAAGCGGAACGAACACUCUGGUACAUACAAAUGCGUUAUCAAAAACGACAGCGGUAUGGAUGAGUGUUCGGCAACUGUAACCGUGAAAAAGGUCGAAGACAAGAAGAAGAAGAAGGAAGAAGAAAAUGUUGAAGAGACCAUCGAAGUGGAGGAAGAGGAAGAAGAGGAAAAUCUGGAAGAAACAAAGGGACCAUUCGAUGUUAAGCUCAAAAAGGCUAAACAAAACAAAAAGGUCAUCUCAGAGGAUGAAGAAAUGAGGGAGGAAGUUGUCGAAGAAGAGGUUAAGAAGGCAGAAGAGCCCACCAAACGAAAGAUCGACGAAGUUGGCUCAGCUGAUGAAGAAUCUGAGAAAGCGCCAGUCGCUGAUAAGAAGCCGAAGCCAAAGGAAAAGAAAAUUAGCGCUGUCAAAUUGGUUGACGAAGAGGAAACCGUCACCGAGAAGAAGCCAAAAGAAAAGUAUGCUGAACCAGAAGAGCAGAAAAUUGACGAAGAAAAGCCAAAAGCUAAAAAGACAACUGAAGUCAAACGAAAAUCAAUUGGCGAGAAGAAGCCAAAGAAGGCCGAAGAGCCUGUUGAAUCCAUUGAUGAACCAGAUCAUAUUCAAGUUGAUACUGUCAAUGAAGAUGAUUUGAAACCGGCUUCAAAGCCAUCAUCGCGUCGUGGAUCGAAAAAGGAAAAAUCCCCCGAAAAGAUCACGCCAUCGAUCGAGGAAGCUGCCGAGGAGGCGAAACCAAAGGCAAAGGUUACCAAAAAGAAAGAACCAGCCGAAGAAGCUAAGCCUGAAUCAAAGAUCGAAAAUGGUGUUGUUGAACCCAAAACCGAACCAGAGCGUAUGGAAUUAGAGAAGGUUGAUCUUAAGCAUUUUGUGGAUGAAGCCAAGGAUGAAACCGAAAAAGUUGAUAGUCGUCGCACUUCUGUAGCCACUGACAAAGACGACAGCAGUCGUCGUUCGUCUGUUUCCAAGGACGAAAAGCCGGGAAGUCGACGUGAAUCGGUCGCUGAAAAGCUUUCUAAAAAGGUGGGUGAACCAGACUUCAGUGUUGUUGAAAAACGUCCGUUAUUAAAACCGCUUGAUCAAAGCCGCCGUGCCUCAAUUAAGAAACCCGAAGUUGUUCAGCCAGUUGAAGAAUUGCCAAAAUUGAAAAAAGUAAUAAAACCGAAAGAAGAACCGAAAAAGGAAGAGGUUAAACGUACCAAAGUCAAGGUACCAAAGGCCAAGAAGUACGAAGACUUGCCUGAAAUUCCUGACUACGAACGCCCCGAAUUGGAAGUCUAUGAAGAGUCAGAAUUCGAUCCAAGCAAAGCAACAAAGGCUGGUGAACUACCAACUAAAAAAUCCGAAACGCCCGUCGAAAGCACGGCUGAAGCCACUGAAGCAACCAAAAAUGGAUUGUCAAAGAAAGAAGAAGCUCCUCUUGCCGUUGAUGCCAAAAAAGGCCUUACUUUGGGUAAGGGUAAAUUGCCUGAAGAAGGACCAGAACAAGCAAAACCAACGUUGAAGCCACCAAUGCUCAUAACUCCAGAGGAUGACAAAGUCGAAGUAAAAAAGGCCAAAGAAGAAGCUCCGAUCGACCAACCACGAAGACUGAGUUUGCGUCGACCAUCACAACUCAAGCGAGAAGUCAUUGAAAAUGAAAGUUUUAUCGAUAUUCAAUUGAAACCUGUGGCUAAAGAUAAAGCUACACCACAAAAAGCCGAGCAAAAAGAAAGCUCAUUGACCAAGCAAAAGGCAACAUUAAAAUCACUCGAGCCAAAUCAAGCAAAGCAGACAAGGCUGGCUGGACCAAGACACGCCGAUAUGCCUGAUAUCGACGAUUACGAAAGACCCGAAUUGGAGAAAUUCGAAAAGCCCGAAUUCGAUAAAUCAAAGAAGGAUAUUCCAGCGGUUAAAGUGCCAGAAAUCAAUGCGCCCGAAAUUCGAGCGCCGGAAGCACCAAAGAUUGAGGUGAUUCGUGAGAAGAGUCCGUUCGGUGAGCGUAAGAGUUCAUUGGCACCUGGGUCUGGCUCAUCAAGUCGACGUGGUUCAUUGAUUCCACCAGAAGAGCCAGGACGUCGACCAAGUUUAAUCAUUAGCGACGAGGAUCAUAGAAAACUCCGUCCUGGUGAAGUGGUCGAAGAGAAAAAGCAGAGACGUCGUCCGUCGGUUGAUUUACGACGGCCAAGCGUACAAGAUCUCGAAGACAAGAUCAAUCAACCAUCGACACCAUUGCGAGAUAUCGGCGAAGUGGGACCACCACAAAUCGUUGACGUACAGGAAAGCUAUUCAGCUGUUGAAGAUUCAACUGGAUACAUCAGUGUGCAAGUUGAAGGUAUUCCAGCGCCGACAUUCAAAUUCUACAAAGGUGUUACCGAGAUCAUCGAAGGUGGUCGCUUCAAGUUCCUCACUGAUGGCGAAUCCAAUACAAUCACACUUUGCAUGCGCAAAUGCAAACCAAACGACGAAGGCAAAUAUAAAAUCGUCAUUUCAAACAUUCACGGCGAAGAUUCAGCCGAAAUGCAAAUGUAUGUAUCGGAUUCGAGUGGCAUGGACUUCCGUGCUAUGUUGAAGAAACGCAAGUACGCCAAAUGGGGACAGGACAAGGGAGACCCAGAUUGGGGCGAUUUGAAAGAGGUUGAAAAACCAUUGCCAGCAUUGAAGAAGGUCGAAAGGAAAGCAGACAGCUUCUUGACCCCACUUCUUGAUCAAAUUGCAAAGGAAGGAAAAGACAAAAAGGUCGUGUUCGAGGCAAAAUUUUCGAAAGCAAAUGCCAAACCGAAGUGGUUCUGUCGCAAGGACGAACUAUUCACCGGUUCGAAGUACAAGUUCAAGAACGAUGGCGAUACUUACCAGUUGAUCGUUAUGAAUCCAAAAGUGGAGGAUACCGCAAAAUACACAAUCGAUAUCGGUGGUAUUCAAUCAGCUGCUUUCUUGAAUGUCGAAGAACCAGAUCCAACAUACACAUUCACCAAGCCAUUGAAAAAGAAGCACGAUGGAUUCACCAAGCACGAAUUGACCAUGGAAUGUACAGUCAGCAGCUCAAUGGCCAAUGUGGCAUGGUACAAAGGUGAUAAGAAACUGUCCAACGACGAUAAAUAUUUGAUCGGCAAAGAAUUGUCCGGUGUUUGCAAAUUGCAAAUUCGAAAUUGUGAUUUGGACGAUACUGGUGACUAUCGAUGCCAACUCGAAAGACAACCCGAUAAAACUGAAACAAAAGUUCAAGUUGUCGAAUAUCCAUACAAAUUCGUUAAGGUGCUCAAGUCACAGCAACUCAUUGAGAAAGAUAAUGUUACAUUGGCUUGUGAGUUGGACGAUGCAGGUGGUGAGGUAACAUGGUUCAAGGAUGGUGAAGAGAUCAAACCAGAAGAUUCGAAGCGUGUUCAAGCCGUUAAAGACGGUCGCAAACGCAAGCUUGUCAUCAAGGAUGCCAAAGUUUCGGACGCUGGUCAAUACUCUUGUGUCAGUAAUGCUGAUAAAACACAAGCUGAACUUGUUAUCAAUUAUCUAAAUAAGUUCAACAAAAAACUCAAGGACACAGUGGCUGUUGAGCGCGAGAAGUUGGUGCUGGAAAUUGAAUUGCAAGAUCAAACUGCACCAGCCGAUUGGAAGUUCAAUGGCGAACCCAUUGUGCCAAGCGAGCGCGUUGAAAUCAAGAAUCUGGGUGGGGGAAAACAUCAAUUGGUCUUCAAUAACUUGGAGAUGGCCGAUGAUGGUGAAAUUUCCGUUGAUUCAGGAAAAUUGAGCUCAUCCUGUAAACUCACCGUUCAAAAGGGUGAAAGCAAACCUCAAAUCAAUGCUCCAAGCGAUUUCGAAGGACCAAUCAGUGCACCAAUUGUCAUUGAAGUGCCAUUCAAAAUUGACGGCACAAAACAAACUCCUGUCGAAGCGAAAUUGCUUAAGGAUGGAAAACCAUUGCCAUCCAAAGAUGUUGAGGUACAAGUUAAGGAUAACAAGGUUAUUUUCAAGAUCAAGAAGCCAACCCGCGAUCAAUCUGGUGCAUACCAACUCAAAUUGUCGAACGGUCAAGGUGAAGAUGUGAAAGAUGUCAAUAUUACCAUGCAAGACGUUCCAAACGCACCAGAAGAUGUCGAUGUGCAUGACGUGUUUGAAAAAUCAUGCGUUGUCGACUGGAAAGCACCGAAAGAAGAUGGUGGUGCUCCAAUCCAGAAAUAUAUUAUCGAACGCCAAGAUUUGUCGCUGAAAAAGGGCUGGGAUAAUGUCGGUGAAGUGCCAGCUGGCAAACCAACUACAUUCAAGGUUGAAGAUCUUACACCAAAGAAAACAUACAAAUUCCGCAUUCGUGCCGUUAACAAAAUCGGACCCAGCGAACCAGCCACAUUCAAGAACAAUGUUUUGGCUAAAGAUCCAUGGGAUGAGCCAGGCAAACCGAAGAAUGUUGAUGUUACUGACUGGGAUAAAGAUCAUGCUGACAUUACCUGGGCGAAACCAGACAAUGAUGGCGGAGCUGAAAUCACUGAGUACGAAAUUGAAGUGAAAGACAAAUUCAGCAAAGAAUGGGUUAAGAAAAAGCGUGUACCAGCUUCUGAAACAUCGACAACAGUUGAUGGCCUUAAGGAAGGCAACACGUACGAGUUUAGAGUUCGUGCUGUUAACAAAGCUGGUCCUGGUGAGGCCAGUGAUGCUACAAAACCAAUCAUUGCCAAAUGCCGCUUCGUCAAACCAUUCAUCAUUGGUGAUGCUCUCAAACCAAUUAUCAUCAAAAAAGGACAAACCGUCAAGUAUGAUAUUCGUUACGGUGGAGAGCCAGAACCUGAGGUGAAAUGGGAGAAAGAUGGAAAAGAAAUAAGUGCUGAUGGCGAACGUAUCACAAUCGAGAAGCCAGAACGCAACACUAUUUUGACUGUUCGCAAGGGUGUUCGUGCCGACUCUGGCAAAUACAAGCUUAUUUUAACCAACAGCAGUGGAACAAUUGAAUCGGUUGGCGAUGUUGUUGUGCUUGACAAGCCAUCACCGCCAAAGGGACCACUUGUGCCAGAAGAAAUUCGUGCCAAUCGCGUUAAAGUUAAAUGGCAAAAACCAGAAGAUACUGGUGGCUCUGACAUUACCGGAUAUGUCUUGGAGAAAAUGGAUAUGGACACAGGUAGAUGGAUUCCAGCUGGCGAAUGCGGUCCAGAUGAUGAUACAUUCACCUUCAAUGGACUCACACCGAAUAAGAAAUACAAGUUCCGUGUUCGCGCUAAGAACAAGGAAGGCGAAUCAGAACCACUUGAGACCACUGACGCCAUUCUUGCCAGAAAUCCAUAUGAUGAACCAAGCAAACCAGGCAAACCGGAUAUUGUUGAUUACGACAAUGUUAGUGCUACAUUAAACUGGGCCAAACCAGAAAAGGAUGGUGGCAGACCAAUCACUCACUACACCGUUGAAAUGAAGAGCAAAUUCUCACCAGAAUGGUCAGAAGUGCUAAAGACACCAGACGACAAAUGUGAAGCUGUGGUCGAUGGUCUUAAAGAAAAUUUGACUUAUCAAUUCCGUGUCAAAGCUCACAACAAAGCUGGUUCAUCAGAAGCAUCUGAGCCAACUGAUAACCAUCUCUGCAAAUACAAGAACUUGAAACCACGAAUCGAUCGAAACACAUUCAAGCAGGUUACGAUCAAGUCAGGCCGAACGCACAAAUGGUCCGUGGAUGUAACUGGUGAGCCUGCACCUGAGUUGGUAUGGAGUUGGCGUGAUGAUAUUCCACUUGUAUCGACCGAACGUAUCAAGAUUGAAAACAAGGAAUAUCACACCGAUUUUUCGAUCAUCAACGUCCAACGUAACGAUACGGGCAAAUACAAGCUCAAGGCAACCAAUCGCAAUGGCAGCGACGAGGAAACCGUUGAGUUGAUUGUGCUGGGACGACCAGGUACACCAAAGGGCCCACUUGAAGUGAAAGACAUUCACGAGAAGGGCUGCAAAUUGAAGUGGAAGAAACCAGAAGACGACGGCGGUGUUCCGAUUAAGGAAUACGAAAUCGAGAAAAUGGAUACCGCAACCGGUAAAUGGGUGCGAGUUGGUAAAGUUCCAGCAUCAGGUGGUGACGGAACAAAGGACAAUCCAGAAUUCACCGUUACUGGCUUGAGCCCGGGUGCCGAAUACAAAUUCCGCGUAUCGGCUGUCAACGAUGAAGGCGACUCUGAACCAUUGGUAACGGAUCAUUCGAUCAUCGCUAAGAAUCCAUUCGACGAACCACUUAAACCAGGAACCCCAGAAGUUGUCGACUACGACAAUCAUAGCGCAACCAUCAAAUGGACACCUCCAAAAUCGGACGGUGGUGCCACUAUUGAAAAAUAUAUUGUCGAGAAAAAAGACAAAACAAAACCAGAUUGGGAGAAAGUACUUGAAGUUCCUGGUGAUCAAUUGGAAGCUUUAAUCGAUGAUCUGAAGGAGACUGGAGAAUAUCAAUUCCGUGUUACAGCUGUAAACAAGGCCGGUCUUUCACCACCAUCAGAUCCAUCAAAGACCCAAGUCAUCCGUUACAAGGCAUUGAAGCCACGAAUCGAUCGCACCAAUCUCAAGACAAUUAUUGUGCGCGCCGGGAAGCCGAUCUUCUUCGAUGUGGACGUGCGCGGAGAGCCACCGCCUGAAGUUACCUGGACCCUUAAAGAUAAAGAAGUCAAGACCGAAGGCAAUGUCGAAAUCACUAACGUGCCAUAUAACACGAAAUUCUCGAUCAAAGAAUCGAUCCGUGCAAACUCUGGAAUGUACAAGAUUAAAGCCGUCAAUCAACACGGUGAAGAUGUUGCUGAAGUUGAUGUGACUGUUUUGUCAGCACCAGGCAAACCAAAGGGUCCACUCAAAGUGUCUGAUGUCACUAAGAAUGGAUGCAAACUUAAAUGGGAAAAACCAGAGGACGAUGGUGGCAAACCAAUCACCGCUUAUCAAGUUGAAAAAUUCGAUAAGGCUACCGGCCGUUGGGUACCAGUUGGUCGUGCUUUACCAGAAGAUACCGAGUUCGAUGUGAAGGGAUUGCAAGAAGGUAACGAGUAUAAGUUCCGCGUUAAGGCCAUCAAUGAUGAAGGCGAAUCGGAACCACUUGAAACCGACGGCACAAUCAUCGCCAAGAAUCCAUACGAAAUCACUGACAAGCCAGGUACUCCAGAAAUCAUUGACUGGGGACCAGAAUUCGCCGAAUUGAAAUGGGAAGCACCGAAGAAAACGAAUGGUGCUCCUGUUACCGGUUACAUCGUCGAAAAGAAGGAGAAAUUCUCACCACACUGGGAAGAAGUGCUUGUCACUAAUACACCUGAACCGAAGGCUACGGUUCCAGAUUUGAAGGAAGGAAGCACCUAUCAAUUCCGUGUUCGUGCCGUUAACAAAGCCGGUCCCAGCGAACCAAGUGACCCAACCAAACCACAUGUGGCUAAGCAUCGCUUCCUCAAACCGCUUAUAAAUCGCGAAAAAUUGCAUACGGUCAAAGUACGUGCCGGCGAAAUGGUCAAGAUAGAAACGGACGUGAAAGGAGAGCCACCGGCGACGAUUAAAUGGAGUUUCGCUGGUAAACCAGUUGAAACUAGUGCCCAUUAUCGUGUUGAUAACGAAGACUAUAACACUAAACUCGCGAUUAGUGACACUGAACGCAAAUUGUCGGGUGUUUAUACCAUUUUUGCUGAGAACGAUUCGGGCACUGAUGAGGCAACGGUAGAAGUUAUCAUUUUGGAUAAACCAUCGAAACCAGAAGGUCCACUCGAAGUGUCCGACGUGCACAAAGAAGGAUGCAAACUUAAGUGGAACAAACCAAAGGACGAUGGUGGUUUGCCACUGACAGCAUAUGUUCUCGAAAAAAUGGAUGUUGCCACUGGUCGCUGGGUUCCAGCUGGCCGUGUUGAUCCAUCGAAAACCGCAGCCGAAGUCACUGGACUUGAACCGGGCCACAAGUACAACUUCCGUGUUAAAGCUGUCAAUGAAGAAGGCGAAUCAGGUCCACUUGAAACUGAUCACGAAACCUUGGCCAAGAAUCCAUUUGAUCCACCGGCCCCACCAGGUUUACCAGAAAUUGAUGACUGGGAUGAAAAUUCAGUCAAAUUGAAAUGGGAACCGCCAAUUCGCGACAACGGUGCACCAAUUACAGGCUAUAUCAUCGAAGUUAUGGACAAAGACUCCGGCAACUUCGUCAAAGCCAUUGAAGUUCCAGGCAACAAGUGCGAGGGCACUGUUCCAAAAUUGGUCGAAGGUGAACAGUAUAAGUUCCGUGUAAAGGCCGUUAACAAGGCAGGUCCAUCUGAGCCAUCGGAAGCUACUAACUGGCAUACUGCCAAGGCUAGAUUCUUGAAACCAAGAAUCGACCGCACCAACUUGAAUCCAGUCGUCGUCAAAGCUGGUCUAUCGCUUUCACUGGAUAUCAAAAUUAUCGGAGAGCCACCACCAGAGGUAACAUGGUUCUUCAAGGACAAGGAAUUGUCCGUUGAUGAAAACAUUCGUAUCGAUAACGUCGAUUACAACACGAAAUUCUAUAUCAUGCGUGCCAAACGUCCACAAUCUGGCAAAUACACAAUUGUUGCUAAGAAUCAAGUAGGCGAAGAUCGGGCUGAUGUCGACAUCACUGUUUUGGGUAAACCAUCCACACCAAAUGGUCCACUCAAAGUAUCCGAUAUUAAUAAGCAUGGAUGCAAAUUGAAAUGGGAGAAACCAGACGACGACGGUGGUGCUCCAAUCGAUUACUAUUCAAUUGAGAAACUGGAUCCACUGACCGGUCAAUGGGUUCCAUGCGGCCGCAGCAACGAACCAGAAGCAACAGUUACUGGUUUACAAGAAGGAAAACCAUACAAAUUCCGUGUGCGUGCUGUUAACAAAGAAGGCGAUUCCGAUCCAUUGGAAACUGAAGGAACAAUUAUCGCCAAAAAUCCAUUUGACGAACCAGAUAAGCCAGGUCGCCCAGAACCAACUAACUGGGAUAAGGACUUUGUUGAUUUGAAAUGGACAGCACCAGCUAACGACGGAGGGGCUCCGAUUGAAAAAUAUAUCGUUCAAAAGCGUGAUAAGUCGGGUCGUGGAUGGACUGACGCCUUGACCGUACCAGGAAAUCAAACUCAAGGUAAGGUCACCGAUGUCGAUGAGGGCCACGAAUACGAGUUUAGAGUGGUUGCCGUCAACAAAGCUGGUCCAAGUGAACCCAGCGAUGUAUCAAAAUCGGUCAUUGCCAAACCAAGAUUCCUUGCCCCGCACAUCGAUCGCAAGAACUUGCAAAAGAAGGUAUUGCGUGCCGGUCAAAUGCUACGUAUGGAUGCCGAUGUCAAGGGUGAACCAAGUCCAAGUAUCGAAUGGAGCUAUAAGAAUGAAGUUUUGAAAACAGCCGAUCGUUUGAAGAUCGAAAACGAAGAUUAUAAAACAACAUUCAUUUUGCAAAAGGUCAAGCGAUCAGAUCGCGGUACAUACACAGUUACUGCUAAAAACAGCAGCGGCGUUGAUACAGUCAACGUUGAAUUGGAAGUGUUGUGUAAACCAAGCAAGCCACAAGGUCCAUUGGAUGUAUCCGAUGUUACGGCUGAAGGAUGCCAUCUCAAAUGGGAGAAACCAGAAGACGAUGGCGGUGAGCCAAUCGAUCACUACGUCGUUGAGCGUAUGGAUACUGAAACCGGAAGAUGGGUUCCAGUUUGCAAGUCAAAGACACCUGAGGCUGAUGUAACUGGAUUAAAUGAAGGCAAAGACUACUUGUUCCGUGUCAAGGCAGUCAAUGCUGAGGGUGAAUCAGAACCACUCACCACUGAAUUGCCAAUCAAGGCUAAGAAUCCAUACAGUGCUGCUGAUGCACCGAGCAAGCCAGUACUCAAGGAUUGGUCAAAAAACCAUGCCGACAUCACAUGGAAGGCACCAGAGGACGACGGUGGGGCUCCAAUUACUGGUUAUAUCGUUGAAAAGAAGGACGAAUUCUCACCGAAAUGGCAAAAGGUGUUGGAAACCAGAGGAACCGAUUGCAAAGCGCAUAUCCCAGAUUUGAUUGAAGGGCAAAAAUAUCAAUUCCGUGUCAAAGCGGUUAAUAAAGGCGGUCAAAGUAAACCAUCACAGCCAAGUGACACACUUUUGGCUAAGGACAGAUACGCUGCACCAAAGAUCGAUCGCACUAAUCUCAAGGAUAUUUCAAUUAAGGCUGGUCAGAACAUUCGAAUAGAUUGUAAGGUGAGUGGAGAACCUCCAGCAACGAAGACCUGGUUCUUGAACAAAGAGCGCUUGGAUCAACCGCGUGACGAUAUUACCAUCGAUUCCGAGGAUUAUCGCACCAAGAUCUAUAUUCCAAACGCAACUCGUGCACACAAAGGACGCAUCACAAUCAAGGCCGAAAACGAUUCUGGUCGUGACGAAGCUUCGAUCGAAGUUACUAUUCUCGAUAAGCCAAGUAAACCAGAAGGCCCACUUCGUAUUAGUGAUGUACACAAGGAAGGCGCUAGCCUUAAAUGGAAUCCACCACUUGAUGAUGGUGGUGUUCCAAUCGAUCACUAUGCCGUUGAGAAAAUGGAUAUGGAUACGGGACGAUGGGUUCCAGCUGGUCGCUCAAAGGAGCCACAUUUGAAGCUAGAUAAUCUAACACCCGGACAAGAAUACAAAUUCCGUGUAUCUGCUGUCAAUGCCGAAGGCGAAUCAGAACCAUUGGAAGCCGACCACACAAUCGUUGCCAAGAAUCCAUUCGACGAACCUGGUGCUCCUGGCCAACCUGAACCAACUGAUUGGGACAAGGAUCAUGUUGACUUGAAAUGGACUGCACCUAUUAAUGAUGGUGGUAGUCCAAUUACUGGCUACGUUAUUGAAAAACGAGAGAAAGACUCUCCAAAAUGGAUCAAAGCUGCCGAAAUUCCAGGCAACAAGUGCGAAGGCACCGUUCCACAUUUGGACGAAAAUACUGAAUACGAAUUCCGUGUUCGUGCUGUUAAUGCUGCCGGUCCUGGCGAACCAUCCAAAGCCAGCAAAUCUGUCAUUACAAAACCAAGAAAAUUGGCACCUAAAAUCGAUCGCAAGAACUUGCGUAAUAUUACAGUCAAAGAGGGUGAACCAAUUUAUUUGGACGUGAAGGUAACCGGCGAGCCAGCUCCAGAGGUUGCAUGGUUUGUCAACGGUAAACCACUGCAAGCAACGAAUCACAAACGUGUUGACAACGUUCCAUACAAUACGAAAUUCUUCAACGAUAAUCCCGAACGAAAAGAUACUGGAACUUAUAAGAUUGUCGCACAAAACAAAUACGGCCAAGAUCAGGCCGAAAUUGAAAUCACUGUUAUCUCUAAACCUGGCAAACCAGAAGGUCCGUUAGAUGUGUCGAACAUCACAAAAGAUGGAUGCACACUCAAAUGGAAGAGACCAAAAGAUGACGGCGGCGAGCCAAUUGAAAAUUAUGUGGUCGAGAAAUUCGAUCCAGAUAAUGGCAUUUGGUUGCCAGUUGGUAAAACUGAAGGUUCGACCCCUGAAAUGGAAGUGGAUGGUUUGAUUCCAAAUCACGAAUACAAAUUCCGUGUGAAGGCAGUCAACAAAGAAGGAGAAUCCGAACCGUUGGAAACUCUUGGCACAAUAAUUGCACGCGAUCCAUAUGUUGUACCAUCACAACCAGGUGCACCAGAACCAGCCGACUGGUCUGCCAACCACGUCGAUUUGGUAUGGAAGGAACCAAUCACAGACGGUGGGUCACCCAUCACUGGCUACAUCAUCGAAAUGAAAGACAAGUACAGCCCAAUGUGGGAGAAGGCGCUCGAAACAACUGGUGAUACUCCAGCCGCUACAAUCAAUGGUUUGAUUGAAGGCAAUGAAUACCAAUUCCGUGUGGUUGCUUUGAACAAAGCCGGUGCCUCAGAACCAUCGGAGGCUAGCAAGAAUUUCAUUGCCAAACCACGAUUCCUCGCACCGAAAAUCGAUCGUCGCAAUUUGCGCGAUAUCACUUUGUCGGCUGGCACUGCAUUGAAGUUCGAUGUUAACAUCAUUGGCGAAGAACCGCCUCACGUUGACUGGCGCUUCUGUAACAUGCCAUUGACACCAAGCAAAGCAGUUACCAUCGAUAAUGUCCCAUACAAUUCGAAAUUGGUCGUUCGACCAACCAAACGCGGUGACUCGGGUGAAUACACAAUCACAGCUAAGAACAGUUCAGGCCAAGAUUCCGUGACCGUCACAGUCACCGUCACCGAUAAGCCAACGAAACCAGAAGGACCACUUGAAGUGUCCGAUGUUCAUAAGAAUGGUUGCCAUCUCAAAUGGAAGAGGCCAAAGGACGACGGAGGUACUCCAAUCGAAUACUAUCAAGUCGACAAAUUGGAUGUUGAUACCGGUUGCUGGGUUCCUGUUGGUCGCUCAUCUGAACCAGCCUACGAUGUCAACAAUUUAACACCCGACAAAGAAUACAAAUUCCGUGUGUCUGCUGUUAAUGCCGAAGGCGAAUCAGAACCACUGGAAACCGAACACUCGAUUGUUGCCAAGAAUCCGUUCGACGAACCUGGAAAACCAGAAAACGUUCGUGCCACAGACUGGGACAAGGAUCAUGUCGACUUGGCAUGGACACCACCACAAAAUGACGGUGGUGACCCAGUCACUGGAUAUCUGGUCGAAAAGAAGGACAAAUUCGGUACAUGGGAAAAGGCUCUCGAAGUUCCAGCUGAUCAAUGCAAAGCCACCGUUCCUGAUUUGAUCGAAGGACAAGGCUAUGAGUUCCGUGUGGUUGCUGUCAACAAAGCAGGACCAGGCGAGCCAAGCGAUGCCACACCAACCAUUAUCGCUAAGCCACGCAACCAAGCUCCACGCAUUGACCGAACCAAUUUGAUUGAAGUCAAAGUCAAGGCUGGAUCCAAUUUCGCGUAUGACAUCAAGGUUAGCGGAGAGCCUGUUCCAACAACCAAGUGGCUGUUGAACAAGCGCGAAGUUCGCCCAAGCGACCGCGUCAAGGUGAAGCAUGUAGACUACAACACGGUAUUGAAAGUUCAAAAUGCGAGUCGUGCAGAAUCGGGUACCUACACAAUCACCGCCGAAAACAUCAACGGCUCCGACACAGCUGACGUUAAGGUUACUGUACUCGAUGUGCCAUCACCACCACAAGGACCAUUGAAGGUUGAAGAUGUUCAUGCUGAGGGAGCGACACUCAAAUGGAGUCCACCACAAGACGAUGGUGGUCAACCAAUUGAAAAGUAUGUGGUCGAAAAGAUGGACGAAAAUACCGGUCGCUGGGUUCCAGCUGGUGAAACUGAUGGACCAACAACGAAAUUGGCUGUUGACGGUUUGACUCCUGGUCAUAAGUACAAGUUCAGAGUACGUGCCGUAAAUAAACAAGGCAAGUCUGAGCCAUUGACCACACCACACGCUGUCGAAGCCAAGAAUCCAUUCGAUGAACCAACUAAACCAGGUAAACCAGAAAUCAAGGAUUAUGACACCGACUUCGUUGAAUUGGAAUGGACACGCCCAGAAAGUGACGGCGGAAGUCCAAUUACAGCUUAUAUCAUUGAAAAGAAGGACAAAUACAGUCCAGAUUGGGAGAAAUGCGCUGAAGUCCAGGGUGAUGUUACAACUGGCAAGGUGCCUGAUUUGAUUGAAGGAUUGACAUACGAAUUCCGUGUUCGUGCCGUCAACAAAGCCGGUCCGGGUACACCAAGUGAUGCAACCGACAAACAUGUUGCCAGACCAAAGAACUUGGCACCAAAGAUCGAUCGCAACUUCAUGCAAAACAUCAAGAUUCGUGCUGGCCAAAACUUCGAGUAUGAUGUUCCAGUUAUCGGCGAACCGCCGCCGUCAAAGGAGUGGCAAUUGAAAGACAACAUUGUUGUCAAUUCAGAUCGCGUUAAGAUCAUCAACGAACCAUACCGCACAAAACUUAAGGUGAUCGAUGCCAAGCGCGCCGACAGCGGAGUUUACACACUUGUUGCCCGCAAUAUCAACGGUGUUGACAAAGCAACGGUUACAGUUACUGUGCUUGAUGUGCCAAGCCCACCAGAAGGCCCAUUGCGUGCUGACAACAUCACCAAAUCUGGCUGCACACUCAGCUGGCGUCCACCGAAAGACGAUGGUGGCUCAGAAAUUUCGCAUUACGUUGUUGAGAAAAUGGACACCGAUGCCAUGCGUUGGGUACCAGUCGGAGAAUGUGCAUCAACUUCACUGCGUGCCGAUAAUUUGAUCGAAGGCCACGAUUACAAUUUCCGUGUACGCGCUGUCAAUAAGCAAGGUGAAUCCACACCAUUGACAACACAUCAACCAAUUACUGCCAAGGAUCCAUUCGGAAAACCAGACAAACCAGGCAAACCUGAGGUUACUGAUUGGGAUAAGGAUCAUGUCGAUUUGAAAUGGACGCCACCCAAGAAGGACGGUGGAAGUCCUAUCACAGGUUACAUCAUCGAAAAGAAACCGAAAUUCGGCCCAUGGGAAAAGGCUCUUGAAGUUGGCCCAAGUGCAAAUGAUGCUCGUGUUCCUGAUUUAACGGAAGGCGAAGAAUAUGAAUUCCGCGUGAUUGCUGUGAACAAAGGAGGACCAGGCGAACCAAGUGACGCUUCAACACCAAUCAUUGCAAAGGCUCGCUUUGUUGCACCACACUUCGACAAGAAAUUGCUUCAAGAUUUGGUUGUCCAUGCAGGAAAACCAAUCAAAUGGACACUGCCAAUCGAAGCAUCGCCACGACCAACAUUUAAAUGGUUUGCUCAUGGCAAACAGCUCGAAGCCGGUCCACGUAUCGAUAUGCAAUUGUACAAUAAUGAACUAACAUUUGAAAUUCCAUAUUCGGUGCGUGCUGAUUCGGGUCAAUACACAUUGACAUUGGCAAACGAAUGUGGUGAAUUCACUGCAUCGGCAAGUGUUACUGUACUCGAUAAACCAGGACCACCACAACCACCACUUGAUAUAACCGGUAUUACGAAAGAGGGAUGCCAUUUGGCCUGGAGAAUGCCACUCGACGAUGGCGGAUCUCCGAUUUUGCAUUAUGUCAUCGAAAAAAUGGACAUGUCACGUGGCACAUGGUCUGAUGCUGGUAUGAGCUUUAAUCUUGCUCAUGAUGUCACACGUUUGAUACACAAAAAGGAAUACUUAUUCCGUGUGAAAACAGUCAACGCUAUCGGUGAAUCAGAGCCACUUGAAGCCAACAAGAGCAUUAUUGCUAAGAAUGAAUUCGAUGAACCAGACGCUCCAGGUAAACCAGCAAUCAAAGACUGGGACAAGGGUCACGUCGAUUUGGAAUGGAAGGCACCCAAAUCAGAUGGCGGAUCGCCCCUCACCGAAUAUAUUAUUCAGAAGAAAGAAAAGGGCAGCCCAUACUGGACCAAUGCUGUUCAUGUGCCACCAAACAAGACUCAAGCAUCUGUACCAGAUUUGACCGAAGGACAAGAGUAUGAAUUCAGAAUUAUUGCUGUUAACCAAGCCGGCCAAUCUGAGCCAUCUGAACCAUCAGAUGCUGUUAUUGCUAAGGCACGAUUCCUUGCACCAAAGAUCAUUACCCCAUUAAAUGAUAUUCGUAUCAAGACUGGCCUCAUCUUCCGGUGUGAAAUUGAAUUCAUUGGUGAGCCAGCUCCAGAGGUUACAUGGACUGUUGAUGGUCACAAAGAUCUCGAAACUACCGAUCGUACAACAGUUACAUCGAUUGGUCAUCACACAAUCAUACACACGGUCAACUGCAAACGUUCCGAUUCAGGCACUUAUAAAUUGCAUUUGAAGAACGACUCCGGAACCGAUGAAGGAUCGUUCCAAGUGAUUGUUUUGGAUCGUCCAGGUCCACCAACCGGACCACUUGAAUACGAAGAAAUUACCGCAAACAGUGCUACCAUCUCAUGGAAACCACCAAAGGAUAACGGCGGAUCUGAAAUCACUGCCUACGUCAUUGAGAAACGCGAUCUUACUCAUGGUGGCGGUUGGGUACCAGCUGUCACAUAUGUUAAUGCCAAGUACACACACGCAACGGUCCCACGUUUGCUCGAGGGCACCAAAUACGAAUUCCGUGUUAUGGCUGAAAACUUGCAAGGACGAUCGGAUCCAUUGACAUCUGAUUCACCGAUUAUUGCCAAGAAUCAAUACGAUGUGCCAGGACGACCAAACAAACCUGAACUUGUCGAAAGCGACAAGAAUCACAUUACCAUCAAAUGGAAGGCACCAAUCAGCAAUGGAGGCUCACCAAUCAUUGGCUAUGACAUUGAGAGACGUGACAAAGCUACUGGCCGCUGGAUCAAGUUGACAAAGGCACCACAUUCAGGUACCGAAUACGAAGAUCCACGUGUACAAGAAGGUCAUCAAUACGAAUACCGAGUUAGCGCUGUUAAUGCUGCAGGUGCAGGCAAACCAAGCGAUCCAUCAUCGCUCUUCACCGCUCGCCCAAUGAAAGAAAAGCCAAAAUUGUGGCUGGAUGACCUUCUCGGUUGCAAGAUUAAAGUUCGUGCUGGUGAGCCGAUUUCAAUCACAAUUCCAUUGUCUGGAUCGCCAACGCCAACUGUUGAAUGGACCAAAGCAACUGUUCGUAUCCCACCAUCGAAUCGAACAUCAACCGAUGUUAGCGAUGAAAAGACCAUUUUACGCAUUGAAGAAUCGACACGUGGUGAUGGUGGUAUCUACACAGUUACCGCAACCAAUGAAUAUGGCAAAGAUUCGGCCGAUAUUGAAGUUAUCGUUGUCGAUAAACCAGGCGUGCCACGUGGCCCAUUGACUUACACUGAAACCACCGCCGAAACUAUUUCACUGUCAUGGAACCCACCAGAUGACAAUGGAGGUGGUGAUAUUACCGGCUACAUUGUCGAAGUCAGCGAAGCUGGCACAGAUAACUGGAGACAAGUUCCAGGCUACUGUCCAAAAUGCGCAUUCACUGUUAAAGGUUUGACCGAAGGCAAACAGUACGUGUUCCGUGUUCGUGCUGAAAACAUCUACGGUGUAUCUGAUCCAUUGGAAGGCAAACCAGUUACGGCCAAAUCACCAUUCGAUCCACCAGAUGCGCCAAGCACGCCUGAGAUCAAGGGAUACAGUCCAAACAGCUGUACUCUCGAGUGGCGUCCACCAGAUUAUUGUGGCGGUAAACCGGUCACGGGCUAUAUCAUUGAGAAGCGUGAACGCGGUGGCGAAUGGGUGAAGGCAAAUAACUAUCCAACACCAAACUUGAGCUACACCGUUCAAGAUUUGCGUGAAGGUGGUAAAUAUGAGUUCCGCGUUGCAGCUGUUAACGAAGCAGGACCUGGUAAACCAAGCAAACCCACCGAACCAAUUAUCGCUCAAGUUCAACGCUCUGUUCCCGAUGCACCAGACGCUCCACAUCCAGAUCGAAUCACCAAGGAUAGCGUUACGUUGUCAUGGAACCCACCAAAACGCGACGGUGGUGCCCGUGUCAAGGGUUAUAUACUACAGAAACGCAGCAAGGGCGACAAGAAUUGGUCCGAUGUUAACGAAGUGCCCAUUCACAACACUGUUUAUACUGUGCCUCAUUUGAAGGAGGGCGAAGAAUACAACUUCCGUGUGAUUGCUGUGAAUGAAGUGGGUCGAUCGGAACCAUCAAAACCAAGCCCAGCGGUGGUCGUUGAAGAGCAACCAAACAAACCAAAGAUGGAAUUGGGUGGUGUUCGCGAUAUUACUGUUCGUGCUGGCGAAGACUUUUCAAUCCAUGUGCCAUAUGUUGGUUUUCCGAAACCAACUGCUACCUGGUUUGCUAAAGACAAUAUUCUCGAUGACUCAGACGGCCGAGUACAUCAACAAUUGGCCGAUGAUUAUGCUAGCAUUGUCGUUAAGAAUUCGAAACGCAACGAUGCCGGUCAAUAUCGUUUGCAACUUAAAAAUCCAUCUGGUUUCGACACUGCCACCAUUAAUGUUCGUGUACUCGAUCGUCCAGGAAAACCAGACAAUUUGAGAGCCGACGAAUUCGCUGGCGACUCAUUGACUUUGUACUGGAACCCACCGAAGGACGACGGAGGUAGUCCCAUUACCAAUUAUGUGGUUGAAAAGAAGGAAGCACGCGCUGCAACCUGGUCAAAGGUCAGCAGCUACUGUACUGUUCCAUUUGUUCGCGUUCGUAAUCUUACGCUUGGAAAGGAAUAUGAAUUCCGCGUGAUCGCUGAAAAUCAAUAUGGACAAUCGGAUCCAGCAACAACCGAUCAUCCAAUCAGAGCACGUCAUCCAUUCGAUGUGCCGGGCGCUCCAGGUGCACCAAAACCAAUUGAAACCACUGGCGAUUCGAUUUCGAUUUGCUGGGCUAAACCAAAACAUGAUGGCGGUGCACCAAUCACGGGCUAUGUGGUUGAAAAACGUCUCAUCUCAGAAGAAAAAUGGAUUAAAGCUACUUUCUCAAAUGUUCCAGAUUUGAAUUGCAAAGUUUCUGGCCUAAUUGAGAAUCACGAGUAUGAGUUCCGUGUGGCCGCUGUUAAUGCAGCCGGACAAGGACCAUGGUCACCAUCAUCUGAUACAAUUGCAUGCAAGGCCCCACCAACUGCUCCAAAGAUCACAUCAGAUCUCAGCAUUCGCGACAUGACUGUUAUUGCAGGUCACGAAUUCAAAAUUUCCGUUCCAUUCACUGGCAAUCCAAAACCAAAGGUUGCCUGGGCAAUCAACGGUGUUGAUGUUCAAACUGAUGAUCGCAUUAAAUUCGAAACGGACAACAGUGAAACACGUUUCGUAAAUAAAUCGGCCAAGAGAAGCGAAACUGGCACAUACACCAUCCAAUUGACCAAUUCGGAAGGUACAGAUUCAGCUUCGUGUCGUGUUUUGGUUGUUGAUCGUCCAUCACCACCACAAGGACCAUUGGAUGUUUCCGAUAUCACACCAGACACAUGUACAUUGUCAUGGAAAACACCAUUGGACGACGGAGGUAGUCCUAUUACCAAUUAUGUGGUCGAAAAAAUGGAUACGAACGGUAUUUGGGUGAAGGUCAGCUCAUUCGUACGUGGAACACACUACGAAGUGAUGGGAUUGGAACCAAAUCGAAACUAUUACUUCCGUGUUCGUGCUGAAAAUCAAUAUGGUGUCAGUGAUCCAUUGGCUCGUGAAGAUCCAGUUUUGGCAACAUAUCCAUUCACUGUGCCAGACCCACCAGGUGCACCGAAGGUUAUUGAUUGGGACUCAUCGAAUGUCAAACUCAUUUGGGAUCGUCCACGCAGCGAUGGUGGUUCUCGCAUUCAAGGCUACAAAUUGGAAUACCGUGACGUAUCUGAUCCAGCCUGGAAUACACACGACAUCCUCAUCAAGGACAAUCAAUAUCAAUUGUACAAUUUGCAAAGUGGUCGCGAAUAUGAAUUCCGCGUGCGCGCCAAGAACACAGCCGGAUUCAGCAAACCAUCACCACCAUCGAGCAAAUUCAAGCUCAAGGAGAAAUUCACUGUGCCAUCAGCACCACAAGCACCAGCUGUUGUUAAAGUUGGCAAGAACUACGUUGAUUUGAAAUGGGAACGUCCAGUCAGCGAUGGAGGCUCAAGAAUCACUGGUUACAUCAUCGAACGUCGUGAUGUUGGUGGUGCUUUGUGGGUUAAAUGCAAUGACUACAAUGUUCUCGAUUUGGAUUACACUGUAAUGAAUUUGAUUGAGGGAGCCGAUUACGAAUUCCGUAUCUUUGCUGUUAACGCUGCUGGAAGAAGUGAACCCAGCUCAUGCACCACUCCAGUCAAGGUAUGCGAAGUUGUUGGCGGCAAUAAACCAGAAUGGAUCCGGACAUUGCACAAUGCCACCGUUCCACAAGGCAAACACAUCACUCUGGAAUGUGAGGCCAGUGGCAAACCGGAACCAACUGCUCGCUGGUUGCGUAACGGCCGUGAAAUUUCGUUGGCUCAAACACCGGGCUCGAGAAUUCGCGCAGAAAGCAACAAUGGCGUCUUCAAAUUGCACAUCACUGACGCUAAGCAUAGUGAUGAAGGGGAUUAUACUUGCGAGGCAAUCAACUCACUUGGAUUUGUGCAUACAACUGCUCAUUUGAAGGUUGGAACACCACCACGCAUCGAUCGUAUGCCAACUGAAUUGCGAUUCGCUGAAAAUGACAACCAGAAGAUCAAGAUCUUCUAUUCUGGUGAUCAACCAAUCGAAUUUACUUUGAAACAAAAUGGUAGCGAGGUCAAGGAUACGGGCCGCACACGCUGGAGCAUCUUUGAUGAUUACAUUGCUAUUGCUAUCAAGGAUGUCAGUGGUUCAGAUGGUGGAGAAUAUCAAGUGGAAUUGAAGAACGACAGCGGCAAAGCUGUUGGUACAUUCAGUGUUGCGAUUACCGGCUUACCAGGACCACCAAUCGGACCAUUGGGCAUUUCCCAUGUCACGAAGCACACUUGCCAACUUGCAUGGAAACCACCAAGCUACGAUGGCGGUUGCAAGAUUACUCAUUACGUUGUUGAACGCAGAGACACAUCAUCACCACACUGGAUCACAGUGCACAGCUCAUGCAAGGACACCACAUGCUCAAUUCAAGGAUUGGCCGAGAACCAGGAAUAUGAAUUCCGUGUAUCGGCUGUCAAUGAAAAUGGCAAGGGUCCAGCUUUGACAGGCGCUCAACCAAUUCGUGCCAAGGCUCCAUUCGAUGUACCAUCAGCACCAGGAAUUCCAAAGGUCACCGAAGUCGGAGACGAUUUCGUGCACUUGGAAUGGGAGAAACCAGAAUCAGACGGCGGGGCUCGCAUCCAAGGCUAUUGGAUCGACAAACGAGAAGUCGGAAGCGAAGUUUGGCGACGUGUCAAUGUUGCUAUUUGUCCAGCAACACAAAUCAAUUGCGCCAAUUUGGUUGAAGGUCGUCAAUACGAAUUCCGUGUGUUCGCUCAAAACGAAGCCGGUCUUUCACCACCUUCGAGCAAUUCAUCAUCGGUUAAGGUUAUCAAUCCAAAGGCAGCCACUCCACCACAAAUCGUUCGCCCAUUACGCAAUGCUAACUGCAUUCAAAAUCAUAAUGCACAAUUCACUUGCACCAUUACCGGUGUUCCAAAACCAACCAUUACUUGGUACAAGGGAGCUCGCGAAAUUACCAACGGCGCUCGUUACCACAUCUACGCAGAAGGUGAUGUUUAUAAUUUGACCAUCAAUGAUGUGUUUGGAGAAGAUGCCGACGAAUACGUUUGUCGUGCAGUCAACAAAGCCGGUGUUAAAUCAACUCGCGCUGAAUUGGUUAUCAUGACUCCACCGAAAUUGAAUGUACCACCACGAUUCCGUGACACAGCUUACUUCGACAAAGGUGAAAAUAUUGUUAUCAAGAUUCCGUUCACUGGCCAUCCUAGACCAAAGAUCAACUGGGUACGAGAAGGUGAACACAUUGAAUCAGGUGGUCACUACCACGUUGAAGUUAAGGAUCGUCACGCAAUUUUGACCAUUCGCGAUGGAUCAAAGAUCGAUUCAGGCCCAUACCGUAUCACUGCUGAAAAUGAAUUGGGACAAGACUCUGCCAUCAUUAAGAUUCAAAUUAGCGAUCGUCCAGAUCCACCACGAUUCCCAUUGGUCGAAAGCAUUGGUGUCGAUUCAUUGCAAUUGUCGUGGAAGGCACCAGUAUGGGACGGUGGUUCUGACAUCACCAACUAUUUGGUCGAAAAACGUGAACCUGGAAUGGAAACCUGGAUUCGAGUUGGAAACACUCGCUUCACAGCAAUGGCUGUUACUGGAUUGGCCCAAGCUCGUCAAUACGAGUUCAGAAUCUUUGCCGAGAAUAUUUAUGGUCGCUCAGAUCCAUCAGAUAUCAGCACAUUGAUCACCACCAAGGGACAACCGAAGAGAGAACACAAAGAACGCAAAUAUGAAGUAGAUGAAAAUGGCAAGAAGAUUCGUGGCAAAGCCGACGGACCAAUCAAGGAUUACGACUCGUAUGUGUUUGAUAUUUACUCGAAAUACGUGCCACAACCAGUCGAUAUUUCAAGCGACAGCGUAUACGAUAAAUACGAAAUUCUGGAAGAAAUUGGUACCGGAGCAUUCGGUGUUGUGCAUCGUUGCCGUGAACGUGCUACCGGAAACAUUUUCGCUGCCAAAUUCAUCCCAGUCUCACACGCCAUGGAAAAGGACUUGAUCAAGAAGGAAAUCGACAUCAUGAACCAAUUGCAUCACCGGAAAUUGCUUAACUUGCACGAUGCCUUCGAAGAUGAUGACGAAAUGGUGCUCAUUUUCGAAUUCUUAUCCGGAGGUGAAUUGUUCGAACGAAUUACCGCCGAUGGAUAUGUUAUGUCAGAAGCUGAAGUAAUCAAUUACAUGCGUCAAAUCUGCGAGGGUAUCAAACACAUGCACGAAAAGAAUAUCAUUCAUUUGGAUGUUAAGCCAGAAAAUAUCAUGUGUCAAACACGCACCAGCACCAACAUCAAACUCAUCGACUUCGGUUUGGCCACCAAAUUGGAUCCAAACGAAGUUGUCAAGAUUUCAACCGGAACGGCCGAAUUUGCUGCUCCAGAAAUCGUUGAACGUGAACCAGUCGGUUUCUACACAGACAUGUGGGCCGUUGGUGUUUUGAGUUAUGUGCUUUUGAGCGGUUUGUCACCAUUUGCUGGUGAAAAUGAUGUAGCUACACUGAAGAAUGUGAAAGCUUGCGAUUGGGACUUCGAUGAAGAUGCAUUCCGACACAUAUCUGAAGAAGGAAAAGACUUCAUUCGUCGCUUAUUGGUGAAGAACAAGGAGAAACGUUUGACUGCCCAUGAAUGUUUGUUGCAUCCAUGGUUGACCGGCGAUCACAGUGACAAGACUCGUCAAAUCAGCAGAGAUCGAUUCUUGGCAUUGCGUGAUAAGAUUCGCAAGAAGUAUGAUGACUGGUCGAAAUUCAUUUUGCCAAUUGGACGCCUAUCCGAAUAUUCAUCACUGCGUAAAUUGCUCAUUGAAAAAUACAAGAUUCAUGAAUCAUCGUUCGACCGGCGUCAAGCGGCUCCACGUUUUGUUAUCAAACCACAAUCACAGUUCUGCUACGAAGGACAAAGCGUCAAAUUCUAUUGUCGUGUCAUUGGCGUUGCAACACCAACACUCACCUGGUCGCACAAUAACCAGGAGCUUCGCCAGAGUGUGAAAUUUAUGAAGCGCUACCAAGGAGAUGACUAUUACUUCAUUAUUAACAGAGUCAAAUUGACCGACCGUGGCGAGUACAUAAUCCGUGCUGAAAAUCAUUACGGCUCUCGCGAAGAGGUUGUCUUCUUGAACGUUCAACCGUUGCCAAAACAAGUGCCAGUUUACAAACAGCAAGAACAACAGCCGGUUCGUCGACGCGAACCAUUGCCGUACACAUACUGGCAAGAAGAGUCUGACACAGCGCCAAGUUUCACAUUCCUUUUACGUCCACGUGUUAUGCAAGCCCGCGACACAUGCAAACUGCUUUGCUGCUUGAGCGGUAAACCAGUGCCAACGGUGAAAUGGUACAAAGACAGACGCGAAUUGAGCAAAUACGAAUACUCAAUGACACACUCGGACGGUGUUGUGACCGUUGAAAUUGUCGAUUGUAAACCAGAAGAUUCCGGCAAAUACAGAUGCGUGGCCACCAAUUUACACGGCACCGACGAAACAUCGUGCGUUGUGAUCGUUGAAGGACAAACAUCAACACCAGAACAGGCUGAAUUAGUACACAAUUUCCUAUAUUCGGGAGACCGUCGUUACAUUGAAUCACCAUUGAAACCAGCUCCGCCACCAAUUAUCACGCGAACACAACACACCACCUCAUCAUCUUCAUACAACAACACAACUAGACAACAAGAGAGUAGCUCAUCGACCUUUAAAUCAUCGAAUAAGACUGUAAGCAACGAUAGAAGUUCCUUGUUAUCAUCUAGCAUUUCAUCAACGAUAACAAACAAUAUCGACGCAUCAUCCACGAGCACAUCAUCGAAGAAGAAAUAUGGAAAACUAGACGCCCCCGACAGCCCAUCGAGAUCGCGCAGCGCAACCAAAGAAUUGAUCUUGCCACCAGACGAUUCAUUGAUGUGCAAACCAGAAUUCACCGGGCCACUUAAAGACUUAGAAGUAACAGAUGGCGAACGAUUAUCGCUUGAAUGCACAGUUAAAGGGGAUCCAGAUCCACAAAUCACUUGGUCAAAGAACGGCAAAUCGAUUUCAUCGUCGGAAAUUAUGAACUUGAAAUAUAAAAAUGGCGUAGCUACACUCACAAUUAACGAAGUCUAUCCAGAAGAUGAGGGUGUGUACACAUGUACCGCAACCAAUUCAGUUGGAGCAACAGAGACGAAAUGUAAUUUGAAAAUUAAACCGCUUGAAAAUGGACAUUUGAAACACAGCACCGGUUCAGACAAGCCACCAAAGAUUGUUAGCCAUUUGGAAUCACGGUCGGUCAAGGAUGGCGAAGCAAUCACACUCGCCUGUCGCAUCAUUGGCACCGACAAAUUUGAUGUCGUUUGGUUGCACAACAACAAAGAAAUCAAACCAUCGAAAGAUUUCCAAUACACGAAUGAAGCAAACAUUUAUAAAUUGCAAAUUGCCGAAAUCUUCCCAGAAGACGCUGGUACAUACACAUGUGAAGCAUUUAACGAUGCCGGCGAAAGCUUCAGUACGUGCACAAUUGGUGUGAUAGUUCCAGGUGAAACAUCGAAAGCACCCGAAUUCACCAAGUUCCCCAACUCAUCAACCGUAUCCGAAGGCGAACCCGGACGAUUUGAAUGUGAACUUGAAGAGGCUCCGCUCCAAUUGAGCUGGCUGAAGGAUGGCAAACCUAUCGAUGUCGACGAUCAAUCAGCCCGAUACAAUUUCACUAAAGACGGUAAUUCGUACAUCUUUGAAAUUGUGUCGUGUCAACACGAUGACAUCGGUCAAUAUCAAGCCAAAGCCAUCGGUAAAAAGGGUGAAACAUUCGCUUCAUUCUCAGUAAAUGUGUAUGCCACUGAAUAAAAUGAUUCAGAAUAACCGAACCGUCAUUUUUUCAUGGAGCAGCACACACCAUCACCACACCAAUCAAUGAGAAAAUGAUCACAACGAAUGAAUUAUUUCAAAAAAGAAAAAAAAAAGAAUUUUGAAAGUAAACAUGAAAAACUUAUAUUGAUUUAGAGCGCAUAUCAAAAUUAUUGUUGCACAUGCAUCAUCAUCACUACGAAACUAAACUUUUGUUUGCUGCGCAAAAAUAAUCGAAAUUACUAACGACAUCACGCAAUUUUGUGUUUCGUUGCGAAUCAUUUGAACAUGUGCAUAGAUCGUAAGAACCGUUAAAUAAUGAAGAAAAACGAGAAAAAAUUAACGAUAGAAUUUAUAAUUUAAACCUAAGUCAUAAGUAUUUUGUAAAGGAAGAUGCAAUUCGAUAAGUUUGUUAUGCGAAAAGGGGAAGAAGUUAGGUUGACGAAUACCAAAUCCAUGUGAUAAAUAGCGGGGCCAGCAUCCUCAACACUUGUUUUCUUACUAUCAUCUGAAGAAACACUCGCUGCGUGUUAAAUGGAUUUGGUGUUUUGUUCACCCGGAAAGAACAAGAACGUAGCAAAACCAUUCGCUGGAAUGCACUUGUUUCAAUGAAAAAAAAAAUGAACAAAUUUAUUAUUCAAUUUAAGUUGCUGUAUAUGUUUCAAUUUUCUCUUAAAAUUUUGUUUCGGUUUUUCUCUCGCUGUCUACAAUCCGCGAAAAUACUUUUUGUUUACAUUUUCCACCCAAUCUCUCAAUACAAUAAACGAAAAAAUUGAAAAUUCAAACGAACGCAACUACAUAAGAUGAAGUAAAUUUAACAAAUAGAAAACCUUUCGAAUUGUUUCAAUGGUUGUUGGUUAUGAACUCUUUUACUGUCCUUAAUUUUAUUAUUACCGUAUACUUUGAAACAAAAGCAUAGCAAAACGAACAUUUAUUUAUGUCCCGUAUUUUAUUUUCUUUUUUCUUUCUUUCGCAAAACACUAUAACAUGUAUGCAAAUUUGAAAAUAAAAAUCAAUUAAUGAAAAAAAAAAA